AUGCAUCGUCUUUUUACUGAGCUGGAGCCAUCUAUUACUGUCACCGAGCAAAACCUGGCAGACCGAGUUCGGUAUAUCUUACGCUCAAAUAUAUUUGAUGUCGCCGAACUCGAACGGCUACGACGUGAGGCUGUUCCCUCAUCAAAUGAAAACGCUAAGGCUGGGGGUACGGCUCCACAAGUUGCAGAGCAACCCGCACACGUAGAUGCCGCCGUGAAUGCCCCAGUUGUUGCUGAUUCAAACGAUGAUGGAACAGUCACCCAGGAACUAGAAAUAGAGCAAAUGAGGAGUACAUUGGAAGAGGCGAUUAUGGAAACGCGCAGUACGCCUCUCGAAAAUCGACCGCGACUUCCCCGCAUAGCCCUAAGCAAGCGGAAUCGGGCUGUCGUGAGAGCUCUGAACCCAAUGCUGGUGACCUAUUUGGAAGCCAGCCGGGACCUUUGCGAGACGGACUCAAUUCUCUUUGGCGCCGCACUGGCAGUCUGCCGUAUUAUAGGCGCCAAACUUUCCACGGCUGGACGCACUACUGAACAAAGUAGCGCUAUCCCAGCCUGGAGAACAAGAAUUGAAGAACGUAUCGCAAAGGCUAGGGCCCUCAUCGGCAGACUGAUAUGCUUCAGGUCAGGCAAUACCAGGCCAAGGAUUGUGCGCACCAUCAGGAUGGCGUUUGCUGGGACAAAUGUUAGUUUGUCCCAGCCGGAUAUAAUGCAAAAACUGACGGAGCGCAUAGACGACCUGAAGCAGAGAAUCGCUGCUUGGGGAAAGCGGAUUCGGCGAUAUACCGAGAGGUCGACACGGUUCAACCAGAAUCGUCUCUUCCAGAGUGAUCAGAAGAGGCUCUAUAAAUCAUUGGAGCGACCAAUGAUAGGUAUCACAGACAACGAAGAACCAGAUACAGAAAGUUUAGAUUUAAAUGCUGAAAACCACACAACAAAUGAAAAUGAAAAUUUACAUAGGGAAAAGAUAAUUGCCAUAGAUGAAAUGUUUGCUAAAGCUUUAGAAUAUUUUGCUAAUACAAACCCAACAGAGAGACAAUUUAUACCAAAGCAGAGGUCAUCAAAGAAAUUGAGUAAAAUAGUUGCCUAUGUAAACAAUAUUUUAUUGCCACAAUAUAUCAACAGCGAAAUUGAAUUUAAAACAUUUCAGAAUUUAGUGUACUGUGCAGCAUGGACUUCAGCUAAGCUCAACGGAGCUAAAAUUGAAAUAGCUAUACAAGUUGAUAAUCCGUUAGGACCUGAGAAACAAAAGAAAUAUAAUAAGCCAAAGUGGGAACAAAGAUUAAAAAACAAAGUAAGUGAAUUAAGAGCAAAAAUUGCAAGGCUAACACAAUAUAUUAAUGGAAACCGAGCCUGUAAAAAUUUUAGGGCAAAAGGGGAAGAAACUGAAUGUUUGGCGUAUCGGGCUCGGAUGCAUCGCUUUUUUGCAGAAGUGGAGCCAUCUCUAUCCGUCACUGAGCAAAACUUGGCAGACAGAGUUCGGUACAUCCUGCGCUCCAACAUAUUUGGUGACGCCGAACUCGAACGACUACGACGUGCGGCUAUUCGUUCAUCGAAUGGAAAUGCUACGGCUGGCAAUGCGGCGCCACUAGAUGCGCAACAAACUGCAUAUGUGGAUGCUGCCGUCAACAUUCCAUUUGUGGCUAAUUCAGACGGUGAUGGAAUAGUCUCCCACGAACUAGAGAAAAUGAGGAGCAUAUUGGAAGAGUCGAUGCUGGAAACGCGCAGCAUGCCUCUCGAAAAUCGACCGCGACUUCCUCGCAUACCCCUUAGCAAGCGAAAUCGGGCUGUCGUGCGGGCUCUUAAACCAAUGCUGGUGAGCUAUUUGGAAGCCAGCCGGGACUUUUGCGAGACGGACUCAAUUCUCUUUGGCGCCGCACUGGUAGUAUGCCGUAUUAUUGGCGCCAAACUCCCCGUGGCUGGACGUGCUACUCAAAAAAGUAGCGCGAUCUCAGCCUGGAGAAAAAGAAUUGAGGACCGUAUCGCAAAGGCAAGGGCCCUUAUCGGCAGACUGACAAGCUUCAGGUCGGGUAAUAAUAGACCGAGAGUUGUGCGCACCGUUAGAAUGGCGUUUGCUGGGACAAAUUUUAGUUUGUCCCAGCCGGAUAUCACGCAGAAACUAACGGAGCGCAUAGAUGACCUGAAAUAA